UCCCAAACCUUCAAUUAUGGUUUAUGAGAUGAGUGUUGUGCUCCGUUGCUGACCCUCUCUCUCUCGUACAGUAACAUUUCUUUCCCUCAUAUCAUCAUAUUUUAUAUAAACAUAGUAAUUUUCCUUCAGUUUGGUGAUGCAACUUAGCUAUGACGGACACCACGGACGAUAUAGCGGAGGAAAUCUCUUUCCAGAGCUUCGAGGACGACUUCAAGUUGCUAGGAAAUCUUCUCAACGAUGUGUUGCAGAGAGAAGUUGGCGCCCAAUUCAUGGCCAAGAUCGAGAGGAUUCGACUCCUCGCUCUGAGUGCUUCCAAUAUGCGAUUGUCCGGGAUAGAGAAUAUGGCAGCGUUGCUGGAGAAGCAGCUAGCAUCUGAGAUUUCCGAGAUGACAUUAGAGGAAGCUUUGAAAUUGGCUCGUGCUUUCAGCCAUUAUCUCACUUUGAUGGGAAUUGCUGAGACCUAUCACAGGGUUCGUAAGGGGCGAAGUGUUACACAUUUAUCAAAGUCUUGUGAUGACAUUUUCAGUCAGUUGAUUCAGGGUGGCGUUACCCCGAAUGACCUUUAUGACACUGUUUGCAAGCAGGAGGUUGAGAUUGUUCUUACUGCUCAUCCCACACAAAUUAACCGCCGUACCUUACAAUACAAGCAUAUAAGAAUUGCUCAUCUGUUAGAAUACAAUGACCGACCUGAUCUUGGUCAUGAAGAUCGAGAAAUGCUAAUUGAAGAUCUGGUGAGAGAGAUAACAUCGAUAUGGCAGACAGAUGAACUUAGACGCCACAAACCUACUCCUGUGGACGAGGCCAGGGCUGGUCUGAACAUAGUGGAGCAAUCCCUUUGGAAAGCCGUACCUCAUUAUUUACGUCGUGUUAGCACUGCCCUUAAGAAACAUACAGGAAAGCCGCUUCCACUAACAUGUACCCCCAUAAAGUUUGGCUCCUGGAUGGGGGGUGAUAGAGAUGGAAAUCCUAAUGUCACAGCAAAGGUAACAAGGGAUGUCUCACUUUUAUCUAGGUGGAUGGCCAUUGAUCUUUACAUCCGGGAAAUUGAUAGCCUUAGAUUUGAACUAUCCAUGAACCGAUGCAAUGAUAGGCUAUCCAGAUUGGCUCAGGAAAUUCUAGAGAAAGAAACCUUAUCAGAGAACCUACGUGAGAGUCGGAACCAACCUUUAAGCCGAAGUCAACUCAAGCUUCAUGGCCAACAAGCUCCGUCCCUUCCUACCCAACUUCCUGAUAGGGCAGGUUUACCUGCCUGCACUGAUUACACCGAUGGUGGAUCUCAAUAUCCAAAACUAGAACUCCCAGGGACUGAUUACAUGCCGUUGGCUCGUGAGGAUGGUCGGGAAAAUUCAUCUAAGGAUUUAAGUCCCAAUAUACCCAAAUUAUCAGCAAAUGGGAGUUCUGCUAACUCCAAUGGAUCAUCAACUGCUGUCACAUCACGGGGUUCUUUCUCCUCUGGUCAGCUUCUAGCUCAGAGAAAACUAUUUGCAGAAUCUACGAUUGGAAGGUCCAGCUUCCAUAAGCUUCUUGAGCCAAGUUCAGCUCUACGUCCUGGAAUUGCUCCUUAUCGAAUUGUUCUUGGAGAUAUCAAGGAAAAGCUCAUGAAAACUCGAAGACGGCUGGAACUUCUUCUGGAGGAUCUUCCCUGUGAAUAUGAUCCCUGGGAUUACUAUGAGACGAAAGAUCAAUUUCUGGAACCACUGCUUCUAUGUUAUGAGUCUCUGCAAUCAUGCGGGGCAGGGAUUCUAGCUGAUGGUCGGCUUGCUGACCUGAUUCGGAGAGUUUCAACAUUUGGGAUGGUGUUAAUGAAGCUUGAUUUGCGUCAGGAAUCUGGUAGGCAUGCUGAAACACUUGAUGCAAUUACCAAAUAUUUGGAUAUGGGUACUUAUAGUGAGUGGGAUGAAGAAAAGAAACUUGAAUUUUUGACAAAAGAGCUAAAGGGGAAGCGGCCACUAGUUCCUCCUACUAUAGAGGUUGCUCCUGAUGUUAAAGAAGUCCUAGAUACCUUUUUUGUAGCCGCUGAGCUAGGAAGUGAGUCUCUUGGAGCAUAUGUGAUUUCUAUGGCAUCCAACGCAAGUGAUGUCCUUGCUGUGGAGCUCUUGCAGAAAGAUGCUCGACUUGCCGUUAGUGGGGAAUUAGGGAAACCUUGUCCUGGUGGAAUGUUGCGUGUGGUUCCCCUGUUUGAAACCGUGAAAGACCUCAGAGGAGCAGGUUCAGUUAUCAGAAAACUGUUAUCGAUUGAUUGGUACCGGGAGCACAUUGUAAAGAACCAUAAUGGGCAUCAAGAAGUGAUGGUCGGAUAUUCUGAUUCUGGUAAAGAUGCUGGACGCUUCACCGCUGCGUGGGAGCUUUACAAAGCACAAGGGGAUGUUGUUGCUGCAUGCAAUGAGUUUGGAAUCAAAGUUACUCUUUUCCAUGGUCGAGGAGGGAGUAUUGGUCGUGGUGGUGGCCCAACUUACCUCGCCAUUCAGUCCCAACCACCUGGUUCUGUAAUGGGCACACUUCGGUCAACAGAGCAAGGGGAGAUGGUGCAGGCAAAAUUUGGUUUGCCACAGAUUGCUACUAGACAGCUAGAAAUAUAUACAACGGCAGUGCUGCUUGCAACUCUGCGGCCCCCUCAACCACCUCGAGAACAGAAAUGGUGUAAUCUGAUGGAGGAGAUCUCAAAAAUCAGUUGCCAGAACUACCGGAGCACAGUUUACGAGAACCCGGAAUUCCUGGCGUAUUUCCAAGAGGCUACACCCCAGGCUGAAUUGGGGUAUCUUAACAUAGGGAGCCGGCCGACAAGAAGAAAAGCAACGACAGGAAUAGGACAUCUUAGAGCAAUUCCAUGGAUAUUUGCAUGGACGCAGACCAGAUUUGUACUACCAGCAUGGCUUGGGGUAGGAGCAGGUUUAAAGGGGGUAUGUGAGAAGGGACAUACGGAAGACUUGAAAGCGAUGUACAAAGAGUGGCCGUUUUUCCAGUCCACGGUGGACCUGAUAGAGAUGGUUCUAGGGAAGGCGGAUAUUCCAAUAGCCAAGCAUUACGAUGAAGUGCUAGUGUCAGAGAGCAGGCGGGAACUUGGAGCGGAACUUAGGAGGGAACUGAUGAUGACAGAAAAGCAUGUAUUGGUAGUGAGUGGACAUGAGAAAUUGUCAGAGAACAAUAAGAGCUUGAGAAGGCUGAUAGAGAGCAGGCUCUCAUAUCUGAAUCCAAUGAAUAUGUUGCAGGUGGAGGUUCUGAGGAGGCUUAGACGUGAUGAUGAAAACAACAAACUCAGAGAUGCUUUGCUAAUUACUAUAAAUGGAAUCGCUGCGGGGAUGAGGAACACCGGUUAAUGUUAGAUUAGAGGAUCUCUCUCUCUCUCUCUCUCUCUCUCUCUUUUAGCUUCAUAUAUAUUUGUUGUCCUUAGCCCUACCAGUUAAUGUCUAUCGUGUGGAGUUUGGCGAAUGCAAUACUAGCAAGGGUGAAAUCUGUUUAAACUUUGAUUUUCAGAUUGAAAUUUUAAUCUCUAUCUAUCAUGUACUUUGUCUGUUGAA